CGCGACGCGGGGCUCGAUCCCGACGCGGUGCUCGGUCCACGGCCCUCCAGCGGCCCUUUGUCUUCGAUCCACGAUUACGCCUAGGCCCUCCAACGGAAUUAGGGUUAGCUCCGGAAAGUUCUGGAACAACCUGACGACUAUAAGUAGCGAUCCAGCCUUAGAGGUACUAGUCCCGGAUCAAUAAGUUUGGUAGGUGCGAGGAGGAGAACCGGAGGACCGAAAUCCACGCAUCAACAAUUGGCGCCGUCUGUGGGGACGAUUUAAAGCAUCCAGUUGAGCAGCAUGACACCAGAAAGAAGUCCACGACGCUCUGAUGAUAACUGCUCUGCCAAGAGGAGGCUGAACUUGGACGACCCCCAGGUUGGAGGACCCGAGGAUGGGACCAGCCAGCCAAACCUAGAACGUCAGGAAGGGUUGCCCGAGGCACAUGCACUAACGACCCCUGAGCCACUCCAAAAGCAGUUCGCGGUUUUGGAAGAUAAGGUAGAGGGCAUGCUUCAACGCAUGACCCAAGUCCUUCGACAAUACGAGCGACAAGAGUCCGACGAAGUGCCCCUUGUCAGAGACCCGAGAAAGGGGAAGGGCCCAGCGCAAAGCGAGACCGAGGAGUCAACGAACAGUGCAGGGAGCAAGUUGCGGAUAGGUGGAAAUACCAGGCGACGAACCCAGAUUUUCGACUCCCAAAAGAUGAAAAAGCAACAUAAAUACUCGGCACCAAAUGGGGGCAGGAGCGACCAUGAUGACAGAAACUCCGAGCCGGUAAGUCUCGACAAAGGCAAACCAGCAGAUCAGCCAGAGUCCUCGGAGAAGCGACAUAACCAAAAGGAGAAGGGAUUCGACCUCGAAGAACUACUGGACCAAGCCGACUCACCAUUCACGGAGGAGAUCAUGAGAGAGAAGGUCCCUCCAAAAUUCAAGCUACCCACGGUGAAACAACGACAGGACUUCUACUAAGGGGGGCUGUUGACUUUUCCUUUCUUCCUUCGA